AUGCGCGACGGUUCACAACCAACCGCCACGAUGACCUCAAGGAAAAAGAAGAGAAAUCAGCAGACAGCCGUCCAUCCAAUACAGCAGGUCCAACCGCAGCCACAAUCAAAGCCAGGCUCUGAUGUUGAAGAUUUUAUUUGUGAACAGGAUCAACGGGAUUCGGAUCCAGACUCGGAUACAUUAAAUGUAUUGGUCCCAGAUCCGGAACCAAGCAAGGAUGAUCGGAUAAGAUAUCCCGUGCUCCCCUCACCCACUCCUUCAAUUCCAAUCUCGUCGACCCCACCGCAAUCUAUUGCCCAAGGGCCGCGGAACACGAGUGCCUCGCCUUCCCCAUCGAUCGCUUCACUGCCGGCCCUAUACGAGCAUAGAAGAGAGUCAAGUUCAAACCUGAACAGGAUGGGAUCCCCCCGGCAAUCCUCUCGUGAUCUAUCCCAAUACACCAAAGGGAUCAUCGUCAAGCCACAGGCCGUUCCGGAAUCGGACGUUGUUUCCUCAAUGGUCGACUUCGUCCAAGACGUUAUUCCAAUCAGCGCCCAGGCAAAUUUGCCCCCGUCAGCCCAACCGGAGAAGAUUGAAUGGGUUGACAUUCAAAAAGUCACAAAAUUUGGUGACCCGAACAAGACUCUUGACCUGAUCAUUAUUGGGUUGGCGCGGGGCUUUCAAUUAUGGACGAUAACGGAAAGUGGAAUUUGCGAAGAAGUGCUGAGCGAGCGACAAGGUCCUUUGCGGGUGGGCAAGCUGCUGGAUAGCGAGCCGGAGCCUAUGGAGCCGGAUGCAAGAGACAAGUUCGACGGCCAGCGACCACUCUUCGCGUUGGUUGAUUCGAGCAGUUCACGGUCCGAGACACUUUUUUGCUGUCUGAGGUUCUUAUCACUGGGCACAGCCAAUGUGGUUCACAAAUUGACAUUUGACGAUCCCAUCCUGGAGGUCGAAUCAUCGAGCAAAUGGUUGGUAGUGGCUGCUGGCAGCCGACUAACUGUCUGUGACCAGUUUACGUUGCAGAAAAGGCGAUCUAUUGAGGUCGCGACAUUUGACUCCCAACUUCCAAUGGCAAUGCGGAAUUCAUAUCUUGUCUGGUCGGACAGCCAAGUUCGAACUGAUCUAGUGAGCAUUGGCGGUGUUGCAGCACCGGUCGAAGUCACUGAAGCCAGCUAUACAGGACAAAUGCUGUCCGCGGUCAAGUCUAUCUCCCGGACGGUCACUUCGGUCAGCAGCUCAAGCAAAAAGGAAGAGCCGCUUGGCGUUAUUACGGUAGCCUGCCUGGACUGUUGGUACCGCGAGGACGCAAAGGAGGAUUCGCAUAUCAAGGCCCAUUUCAUCGCACAGCAUGGUGGAAUUUCGCACAUCGACAUGUCGCAAGACGGGCGAUUAUUGGUGACCGCUGACUCUACAGCAAGGGAUUUCAACGUCUUCUCCCUGCUCCUCCAUUCUGGCACCUCAUCGCUGGGUGCAGCUCAGCAUUUGUACAUAUUAACGAGAGGCAGUACCCCGGCAAAGGUGUUGUCCACAACAUUCUCCAACGAUUCCCGAUGGCUCUGCAUCUCCACAAAUCAUGGCACAGUCCACGCAUUCGCUUUGAACCCAUAUGGUGGCCCACCCACAAACCGAACCCAUGCCGGGCGACUGCACAACCAACAGUCAAAAUUCACUCGCUCUGCUGGACUGAGCGACGCCGAUUUCAGUGAUGAUCGCCACCGAUCGCAGAGCGGUCAACAUUAUAUUAUGAGGGAACAUCCCGCUCACCGAGCCGCUGGUAGCCUUGGACGAGCAAGUGGUAACCCGAGAAUCGGGCCAUUCCCACCACCACUUAAUCGUCGUCUGAACGCCGAAAACCUUUCUGCAUGGGCAUCCGAUCUAACCCAUUCAACCCUCGGCCCUCACGCCAAUACCCGGAGAGGAAAAUUGGCACUAGCUUUUGCUAGUCGACCCGUCAAUGACAUCAAGAGCACAAGCGUACUUGUACUUUCACUCGAUGGCAUCCUGUACGAAUACGGUAUGCGAGGAAGCGCAGGGCAAGAAGCUGAUGCUCCCAUCAAAAUUGACAUCGUGCCCCAAGCAAGCUGGACACUAUUCAGGACGAAAAAUACUCCUGAUGUUGUCACACCAUUGCAACCGCUCUCGCCAUUAAUCCGCUGGACGACGUACGACGCAACCCCAACGCGCGUCCGAAGCGACAGCUAUCGUGUAGAUCCAAACAACGAAUGGAAUGGACAGGUGGAAGACACGUGCACAUACUCAGCUCCGCACCGCCGUCUGUGGCAGGGGCCACAAUUCACCUUUUUCUCAAUCAAUGAGACCCAGCCGAUUCAAGUUUCGCAGGCGCAUGGGGCUGGUACCCAGACAAUACCCAUUGUCAUUGGUGAUGGUGGAUACGGGCCGCACGCUACCAGGGUUGAAUGGUGUGGAAGUGCCAACGGGGAUCGGACCGGUGAGAAAGAGCGCGAUGAGAUCGCAAAGAGAAUUGCCGAAGCAAUGGGAGAAGAGCGAUCGAUUGAUCAUGACAAGGAGGAGAAAAGCAGCAUCGAUGAUGUGUUCUUCGAUUCAUCCGAUCACUCAGCCCCAGCUCGUGUUGCCGCAAACGAAGAACUGAUGAGCUUUGACGACCUC